AUGCGGCCUAUUUUGCUCUCCGGCCAUGAACGGUCUCUGAACCAAAUCAAGUUCAACCGCGAUGGCGAUCUUAUCUUCUCCGUGGCUAAGGAUAAAAUUGUGUGCGCCUGGUGGUCGGCCAACGGCGAGCGACUCGGUACCUACAAUGGACACCAGGGUGCUAUCUGGACGGUCGAUGUGAGCCCGAACACUCAGAUUCUGGCAACCGGUUCGGCAGACAACACCGUGCGACUAUGGAACGUGAAGACCGGCGAGUGCAUCAAGGUGUGGGACUUCCCUACGGCCGUCAAGCGGGUUCGAGUUCACCCCCCGAUGGAAGCAGACUGUUGGCCUGUGACGGAGAAGCGUAUGGGGUUUCUUGGGUACCAUUGCGGUGUUGGAUAUCAACUACGGCGAGAACUUGACGGAGCAGGCUGAGGAGCCUAGCUUGCGCAUCACCUGCACAGAGAGCAAGGCAACGGUUGCGGGCUGGAGUUACAUGGGCAAGUACAUCAUUGCUGGUCACGAAGACGGCAGUGUCAGCCAGUACGAUGGAAAGACCGGUGAGCAGCUGGAGAACGUCCAGGCCCACGAGUUCGACCACCAGAUCAACGACAUCCAGUUCUCCGCCGACCGCACCUACUUCAUCACUGCCUCCAAGGACAAGUCCGCCAAGCUCAUGUCUACCCGUAACCUCGCCAUCCUCAAAACCUAUGUUGCCGACACUCCCCUGAACAGCGCCACCAUUACGCCCAAGAAGGACUACGUGAUCCUGGGAGGUGGUCAGGCCGCCAUGGAUGUCACCACGACCUCGGCCCGCCAGGGUAAGUUCGAGGCUCGUUUCUACCACAAGGUCUUCGAGGACGAGAUCGGUCGUGUCCGUGGUCAUUUCGGUCCCCUCAACACGGUUCACAUCCACCCCGCCGGUACUGCCUACGCCUCUGGAGGUGAGGACGGUUACGUCCGUGUGCACCACUUCGACAAGCCCUACUUCGACUUCAUGUACGAGGUCGAGCGCGAGCAGCUGAGGAAGUGA